GCAGAUCUCUCGGCUCUCCUCAGCACAGCUCUCCGCUCUCCGCUCGCUCCGAUCGGCGCGGCGAUCGCGGGCGGCUGGCGGCUGGGUCGGCUCUUUGGAACAUCCUCAUGAAGCCGGCAGCACAUCCGGCCUCCGAUCUUUUGGCCCUGCUCCAAGAGCACCAGGCGCAGAUCCUGGAAGAGUUGGCCAGGCACCGUGAUGACAUGGAGCGGCUCCUGCACAAGUCCCAGGAUCCCACUCUGCCAAUGGAGUCGAAGUGCGCAAGGCCCUCGCGGCAUGCGAAGACCCCAGCCCUUUCCUCUCCCAGUGGCGAUGUGCAGGAGCCUGACUCGGACGCCGUAAAGGACGAGUUUUCAGAGGAGACUUCAGUGGUGGAUGCUGACGAUCUCAUGAUGCAAUCGUCUUCCAAAGAGAAGCUAGGUUGGGACGAAGAAGAUGAGGCCAAGCGGCGACAGGCCAAGGCAAGGUCACUGGGAAGGUCGGCCAGUCUGAGCGCGUCUGAGAUGGAACGCGCCAACCGGUGUGGCUGGUUGGUGCACGUGGUGACCAGUAGCGCCUUUGAGACCAUGACCGCCUUCCUCAUUUGCAGCAACGCCCUCUUCAUUGGCAUCGAGAUCGAGCUCUCCGUGCACUUCACAGAGAGUCAGAUGCCCGCAAGCGUCCAGGUGAUUGGCCUUAUCUACACGGGCGCUUUCGCGCUGGAGCUUCUGCUGAGAGUUUUGACACAUGGCUGCAGCAUGUUCUGGAAAAGGCAGUGGGCUUGGAAUCUCUUGGACCUCUUCGUGGUGCUGUGCUCCUUGUGGGAACUCCUGGUGCUGGUCGCGGCAGCGCUGUUCCCGGGCUUCAAGGUGGACUCCAUCUCGGUGCUCACGUCGUUGCGGAUCCUGCGGAUCCUCCGCAUCACGCGGCUGAUCCGUGGCAACGCUUCCCACGGCACCAUGCGCUUCCUGCGAGCCCUGCGCACGUUGAUCCAUUCGAUUGUCUACACACUCAAGGAGGUGGCCUGGGCUGGAGUUUUCCAGAUCCUCAUCAUGUAUUUCUUCAGCCUGGCGUUGACACAAGGCGCAGUGGCCUACCUGCGCACCAAUCCGGAUCCAGAUCCCCGGUUGUCCAAAUACUGGGGCCACCUCAGCGCCUCCAUGGCCACGCUCUUCAUGGCGGUCACAGGCGGCAUCUCAUGGGAAGUGGCCUCGGACCCUUUGUGGGAGAUCUCGUGGAUUCAUUGGUGGCUCUUCCUCUUCUACGUGUCUUUCACGGUGCUGGCUGUCCUCAACGUGAUGACAGGUGUCUUCUGUCAAUCCGCGAUCAAGUCUGCGCAGCACGACCAUGAACUCCUGCUGCAAAACAUGUUAGCGGAGAAGGACGACCACUUGAAGAGGAUCAAGGACUUGUUCGCAAAGCUGGAUCACGAUGGGUCCGGAACCGUCACACUUGCAGAGUUAGAGGAUCACAUGUCAGACCCUUCGGUACAAGCCUUCUUCGAAUCCUUAGAGCUGUCGAUCACGGACGUGUGGUCCUUCUUCAAGCUUUUGGAGUCCAACGUGGGAUGCGACAUCGAACCUGACGCCUUCUUCGAGGGCUGCCAGCGCCUCAAGGGCUACGCGCGGUCCCUGGACUUGGCGAAGCUGAUGCACCAGACGCAGACGCUUGGCAAGAGGCAGGUGGACUUCAUGAAUCACAUGGAAGAGCAGAUGGAGCAGAUGUGGGCGAAGCUCCAUCUGCAAGACAAGAUGAGAACAGCCUCGCCCGCGAUUGUGAAGCGUGGGCUUUGGCUCAGCGUGCUGAUGUCAUGGACUUAA